CUAGGUCUCAGUAACAUCAUCGGCAUCAUCGUCUACAUCUCGGCUAACUCUGGCGACCCGGGUCAGAGCGACAGCAAGAAGAGUUACUCGUACGGCUGGUCCUUCUACUUCGGGGCGUUGUCCUUCAUCAUGGCAGAGAUGGUGGGCGUUCUGGCCGUCCACAUGUUUAUAGAGAAACACCGGAAGCAGAGGGCCAAGUCUCGCACCGAACUCAUCAAGAAAUCAGCGUUCAGCCGUAUCCCGUCUUACCGUUACCGCUUCCGCCGUCGCUCCAGCAUCCGUUCCUCCGAGGCGCCCAGCCGGGAUGCUUCUCCCAUGGGGAAGGGGGGUUACAGCGGCCCGGGGACAGCCUCCGACCUCCCCAUGUACACGCUCACCCCCCGCGAAGCCGGAUCUAAGGCCGUCAUGGGGGGAGUGCUCAAUUCAGAGAGGGAGUUUCUACAGGGCGGUACUCUGGCCAAGGACUACGGCAAAGACGCGGCCAAUAGGAGAACCACGCCCGUCUGAGGGAGGCGGGGCCUAGGAGGUGAUUGGAUGGGAGCUGGACGAUGAUAAUGAUGAUGAGAGACAGUGAGGGAGGAAGAGGCGUUAUGAACUUUGACCUCUCUGCAACCUCCAGGGAUAAUUGGC